UUGAAUUCAUUCAAGGUUUAUCGAACCGACAGUUUCUCUCUCUACCUGUAUAUACAUACAUAUAUUUAUAUCCAUCUGUAUAUAUAUAUACACCGCCAUGGCGGCAGUGGCGUCGGAGAAGGUGGUGGAGCCCUCACUUACCCCGUCGCCGGCGCUUUCCAUGAGCCGUACACCUUCACGACAAGUCUCCAAUGCGACCGCCUCGGACCCCUCCUUUGCCGAAACACCGGAUCGCCCUUCCUCCCUCGAUCGCUCUCCUUCCUCUUCUAGACAGCUCGUCGAUUCUCAGAAUCAGUUAUUUUUGAGAAGUGAAGAGUACCGGCAACUGUUUCGUCUUCCCCAGGAUGAAGUUCUUAUUCAAGACUUCAAUUGUGCAUUGCAAGAGAAUUUUCUUCUUCAGGGUCACAUGUACCUGUUUGCUCAUUAUAUCUGCUUUUAUUCCAACCUAUUUGGAUUUGAAACAAGGAAAAUUAUCCCUUUUAAUGAAGUCACAUCUGUAAGAAGAGCAAAAGCAGCAGCUAUUUUUCCUACCGCAAUUGAAAUAAUAGCUGGGGAAAAGAAGUUUUUCUUUACAUCUUUCCUGUCACGUGAUGAAGCUUAUAAGCUCAUAAAUGAUGGUUGGUCUCAGAAUAAUCGUGACAUCAAAUCAAUCGCAGAUGAGCAGGAGUCCACUACAGGGUCAAAUAGCCUAGAGAAUGGAUGUGCGAUAGUUGAAAAGGUAGAGAGCUGCAGACAAUCGGUGGAUGAGUCAAACCUAAUAGAAAGGGAUAAAGAUGGUUUGACACCAGACGAUGUCGUACCCCAGGCUAAUGGAGAGCCAGAAAUUGUAUCAACAUCUAUUCAGCAGCAAGACAUUGCAGAAAACAAUGUAGAAAAUGUACAGAACAUAGAUUGUUCAGCAUCUGGGAAGUCUCUGGCAUGGGAGCUAGUGGAUUAUGAUCCUCCACAGGUUCCUGAGGGCUUUACAAUGGUAGCUGAUUCCAAGUUUCCGGUCACAGUGGAGGAGUUUCUUGAGUUCUUUUUUUCCGAUCAGGCGGUUGAUUUUCAGGAUUCUUUCCAUAGAAAAUGUGGAGAUAGAGAUUUUAAGCAGACUGAAUGGCGUCCUCAUGAAAAAUCUGGGUACACUCGUGAUGUGUCAUUUCAACAUCCAAUUAAGAUUUAUUUUGGUGCAAAAUUUGGUAGCUGCCAGGUAGUUCAGCAAUAUCGAGUUUACAAGAACUGUCAUUUCAUUCUUGAGACCUCCCAAGAGAUUAGUGACGUGCCUUAUGCUGACUACUUUCGUGUAGAGGGGCUUUGGCAUGUCGAAAGAGAUGGCGAUGAAUCUAAAAGGGGUUGCAUUUUAAGGGUAUAUGUUAACGUGAACUUUUCCAAGAAAACUAUGUGGAGAGGAAAGAUAGUGCAGUCAACAAUUGAAGAGAGUCGAGAAGCAUAUGCCACUUGGAUAGACCUUGCACAUCAGUUAUUGAAGCAGAAGAACCUUGAAGUAAAAGAAGGUAACCUGAUUCAAAGUAAUCAAGCUCAGGGGAAAAAGGAAGAGAGAAAUGUGGGGAGUCUAGAAAAGUCAGAUGAAGCAGUGGAAGUGAAUUUCUCUCGGGCCUUGCCAAUUUCAAAGGAUGUGUACCAACAUCCAAUUGUUCCCCCAGGCAGGGGCCACCCUGGCAGUGCAUCAGUCGCUCCAUUUAGCGACUUACUGGUGAAGUUCUACUCAGCACUCAAAAAUCAAAAUCCCGUGUCCCUGUUUCUAGUUAUUGGCAUUGCUGUGAUCCUCCUCCUAAUGCAGGCAAGUAUACUCACCUUGUUAAGCAGACCUCAGCAGAUUCACGUGGUUCCACAGGCAGAUUGGAUGUAUAGCAUCAACAGAGGUGCAAGUGAAAGUGGGGGUGAAAUUGCUUUGCUAGAUAAGCAGAUUACACAUCUCAAGGAGGAGCUGCAUAUGGUUGAGACGCUGCUAGAUAAGAUGCAACAUGAACAUGCGCUGCUAAAAUUAAGAUUGAGUGAUUUAGAGCGUAGUAGAAAACGGCAGAAAUAACAGAAAUGUUUUUAAUUCUUUGCUUCUGGGCAGCUUGAUGAUCACACACCCUCUCCUUCUCGAUCUCCCUCGCUUAUUUUUUGUAUUAUAAGUUGUUCAUAAAAUUGCAAAGUACAGUAGAAACAGGAGGAUGAUUGAUGUGUAUAGUUCUGUAGAAACUAGAAUGAAUUCCUGACUUUUCAUAAACUCGCUCUUGUAUUCUGAGUGUGACCUCACAUAACUGACAGUAACUGGCAAUUAAAGAUAAAGAUGGGAAAGGAACAAGAAGAAGAAAUUCCAGUUGCUUC